AUGGAGGAAAAUGGAAAAGAUUCUGGGAUUGUUUAUCAUGGGCCUAUCUCAUCUAAAGUAAAGAAAGUGAAGCUUCUCUUUCUUUCCACCUGCUGCCUCUUAGUAUCUCUAGGGCCUGUUAUCGCUUUCAUGACAUCCCCUGAAAUGAAUGUGAUCCUCAAGGGUGCAGUUGCAUCUUCUGUGAUAUUCCUCAGUGCUUCUUCCACUGUUGCUCUUCACUGGUUCGUAAACCCGUACGUUCACAAACUCAGAUGGCAGCCAGGUUCAGACACAUUUAAAGUGGAGAUGACGUCAUGGUUGGCAACAUACCUUCCAAAGAUUGCACAUUGA